UGUUAAUAGCGAAUUUCUUGAUAUUUUAGUUUGGUUUUUCUUUGCCAUUGUUGUCCCGGCCUACUACCUUGAGCCUCCCCCAGAUUGCGCCAAAGGGCAUUACAAUCGUCGGGUUAAUAUACCACAACACAAAACACAACAAAUCACAACACAAUAUAUGGUAGAGGACUAUGUUCAACAAUAGCAAAAAACCACUGAAACAAGGUAAAACACCAGCAAAUUACCAUCAGGAAAUUCAAUGCGAUAUUGAAUCAGCCUUCGACAAUUUAGAUCUUUUCACAAAAAAACCAGACAACGUUAUAAGCUUCAAACCGGAUCACCCACCAUCGUAUCCAGUUGAUGAUAACGACACCACUAUACCAUACGUUGAAGACCAGCCUUUCUUUCAAUCAUCGCCUAUUCAUUCUAACAACUUUCUUUCGUCGUGGACAGGACAACCCACUUUGCCAUCCAGUAUCACUCCAUUAAGACCAUCAAUUGUACGCCGGCCAUCUAUUCCAUCAACGCUUGCUAAAAAACCGGCACCUACCACAACUUUACUUCAAACGCCACAACAUUUUUCAUCAUUGUAUCCUACUCUACCAAUUUUAGCUACAACAUCCACAACAUCACAAAUUCCUUCAACAGUAACUGCUACAACAUCCACAACAGUUCCAGUAACUACAGCUGCAGGACCAGGGACAGUAGCAUUAACAUUAGCAGGACCAGGAGCAGUAGCAGGACCAGGACCAGGACCAGGAACAGGAGCAGUAGCAGGAUCAGGAUCAGCAGCAACAGCCCAUUUCCAAGGCAUGUCAAGAUUUGGAUUUGUGACUUUGCGAUUUUUUGCUUUUUGUCUUACUUUUGUCAACGUCAAACGCAGAUGAACAGAGAAUAAAUUAUGGAAUAAUAUUUGAAAAUCAACCUAAUAUUGACUUUGCUACUGAUUAUUGGACACAUAUUUAUGAAAUCCCAAUGUAUUUGAAUAUAGAACAUAAGUUGGUCAUUAAAUGUCCAAAACAAGCAGGUCGUCAAUGUCAAUCGUAUAACAAAAUUGCUUCACAAGUAAAUUAUAUAAGAGAAUAUAUGAAUGCACAAAUACAAGACACGAAAUCAUUAAUAGACAAAUUGGUACCAAGACUAAAUAUCACUUUAAUUGGCAAAUCAAAGCGAGCAUUAAUCCCAUUUGUAGGAAGCAUUGUAGGGGGAUUGUUCGGUUUAGUAACUGAAGAAUCUAUGAAAAAAAUAGUUUCCCAUAUAAAUACCUUAACAUCUGAAAACAAUAAAAUUUCAA